AUGAAGACCUCACUCUUCCUCUCAGCCGCUGUGGCUCUCCUCGCGGCCUCCGUUUCGGCGCAAGAUCCCAUCGGCCCCCUGACAACUAACAACGCCCAGUCAGCCUGCGUUCAGUAUGGCGAUUGCACCGCCCUUCCCGCGGGAAACACUGCUUCAACCGCAACGCAAUACGGCCCUGUGACGGCGCCAGCCUCCUCGCAAGCCUUCUCCGCACCCACCAACGCGGCCGAGACUGCUGCCUCCCUCUCACGUCUGGCAGAGACCGGCGCUGCUGCUGCUUUCAGCAACCUCUCACAGGGUAAUGACGGAGCUGGUGGUCCGGCUUCGAGGACGGGGACUCUCACAGGCGGUGUCAUUGUGGGAAGCUCGACAAGCUCGGCUUCGGCGACGAGGAGUAACGCGCCUAACGCCGCAGUGGCUCUUGGGGCGGGGCAGGGUAGCUGGGCGUGGGUGGUCGGAGGACCCCUGGGCGCCGCUGCGUUCGGGGCCCUGAUGCUGGCCAUCUGA